GAGGACUUCCUGUACGCGGCAGACGAGGGAGACUUGGAGGAGGUGCAGGCGCUGCUCGAGGCAGACGUGGACAUCUUCACUACCAACAAGUGGGCGUUCACGGCGCUCCACAAGGCGGCCCAGAGGGGGCACUGGAGGAUCUGUGAGGUCCUGUGCUCCCAUCCUGCUGGGCCGAACCUGGUGAAGAAGCAGAUCAGGCUAGGGGGGAGCACAGCCCUGCAUCUGGCAGCGGAGAAGGGGCACUUCAGGGUGAUCGAAGUGCUCCUG